UCGCGCGCGCAUCGAGUCAGUCUACCGCGACACAUUGCGAGCGACACACGCCUGUCUACUGCCAUUAUUGAUAACGAUAACGACUAUCGGUUACCUGUGAAACAAGUUUGUGCUUAAUUACUGUGACGUCACCAUCGAACAAUCUUUUCCCACCCUACUCCAAAAUUAGAACAAGAUGAAUACGCAUUUAUUAGUAUUAGGCGUUCUGCUCUGCCUGAUGGCAGUUGACGCUCGCCACUUCGGUGAACAAGCAGACCAAGUCAGCACAGAUGAUGAUCAAGCUCACGUUGUCAAAGCAAGAGAAAGCGGAGAUCGGCACAGAAGGAAAAGAUACCACAUAAACUAUGGCUAUGACUACCAACCACCUGCGAAUCCCUUCUACCCUCCCUACCGAAGGGAAUCCUAUGACAGAAAUCCAGAUCUUCUACCUGAAAUAUAUAGGUUACUAGAUGAGAUUUCUGCUUACGUUAGGCGGCCGCAACCUCCUCCACCACAGCCAAUCUACAUUCCUUACGCCGUGCCAUACCCCAUCUGUAAUUGUCCUGCAGCAACGCCUACCGCCAAGCCAAAUAUUACUAACAGGUUCCCUGAAAUGGACGACAGUAACCAGAACUGGGGUCUGGUUGAUGAAGGAACUCAAGAAGAGGAGGGCGAUGGCUCAAGGCCUCUAUCGUUCACGCCGAUAACGCCUAAACGACCUUUGAAGAGACCGCAAGUCAACUUGGAACACGGCACCCAACAUGGACGUGAAGCAGCGGCGUCCCCAUCAAUCCAGGCUAGAGUACCAGUCAUGUGCGAUGUCUUUUCCCUGUCCUGUUGUGGCAAUGGAAGCCCAGCUCAACAACGUGAAUGCCUCAUCAGCAACGGUUGUCCAGAAACCUAUGACAACGGACGAGGAUGCAGCCAAGAAAGACUACUCAAGAUCAUCGACGCUUACAGCAAGGCUUAUGCUCCUGUAUAAAAAGUGAGCGUGAUUACAACCGGGGUGACAAUCUUCAGUAUUUCCUCUGCUUUACUACAUUGGUUGAAUAUUUAUAGUUAUUUAGACUUAAAGAAAAAGUUCUGGUUAUUGCAAAAAAUGAGUGUACGUGCAUGAAAAUAAAUACAAACUAGUAAGGAAGGAUUUUUUGCGUAGGUACGUCUUGGAAAUUUAUAUUUUUUGGCAUCUAACGUUAAAUAUUUUUUUAAAUGGCAUACAUAAAUCAUAGGCUGUUAGACGCAAAAAUUACGAACCUUAGCUUUUUGUAUUCGUUCGUUUUUACUCAUUUGAUGAGCUUGAUAUUUUUCUUUUGAACUGAGUUUAUUUAUUAUACUGUAAAUUUUCUUGUUUUUAUCAUUACAGGAACUUGGCUUUAAAGUACAACUACGUAUCUUGCCGUGCUGUUUUGUAAAAUAUUUAAACAGAAAGCUGUGUUCUUUUAUUAGACGAAUACUUUCGCAAGUAGAUGAAGUUAUUUCAGUUAUUUAGAUUUUCUGUUUAUAGUGGUUCUGUUUAUUAUCCCAUGAGCUCUUGAACAUCAGAAGUCAAGUGGGAGCCUAAUAUAUACAGUUUGUGUUCUGCAAGAAUCUUGCAGGAAAAAAUAAACUUUUCAAAUAGAACAAGGUUGCAAUUAGUUCUGGUUAGCAAGUAGAAUUCCAUUGACGCGUGUAUUAAAUACUUGAUAUAAUUCUUGUAUUUGUAAUAAAUACUUCCUAAGCAAUCAAAGUAGGUACAUUCAUAAUUAAUAGUUACAUUACAAGAUAGGUUUCUUACACAGUAAGAAUUAUCGAUCUAUUUUUUUAAAUGCGUCCAAUAUUUUUUAGUCUUUGUAAAAUGCUAACAUUGACUAUGUAUUCUAUUUUCCUGUUGAAGAAAUAUUUAAAAAGUAUCACGGGGAUAUAUUACACACGUCAUUCUUACGCAUGGUUCUUUAGAAACAAUAAUAUUUAGGGCGGAAAAUACGCAAAUGGUUUGCGCUAUUAGCAUAUUAGGAAAUAUUUAUAAACAUGAAUAUUUUGCUAUAUAUGGCUUUUACAUGGUAGCAGAUGCUUAUAUACUUCCUGAGGGUACUGUUAUAUUAUUGGUUGUUUCCAUAUCGACAUCAUUUAAGCCGGUUAGACAAGAACAGAGGUCACUCUGGCUGAUUGACAACACAACAGCCACGAUUGAAGCCUAACUGAAGCUUGAUGGGAUUUAUAUCGACUUAGACUGCUUUGGAUGGGAUUAUGGAACUGAUAUAUGGCGGACUGCAUGUGCAGCUAACGGGAUGAAUGCCAAGGAAUAAAUUUAGCUAUAUUACAGUUUUUGAAAAGGACAUAUAUGUCGUAAUAUACUUUUCUUGUUAACAAUAAACUGUAGAUUCCCGCCUGUAGAUAAAAAGUACAUAAUAUAUAUACAUACGUAAUAAAGCAAGAGUUUUACUAUUGUAUUAAAUAAACUUGAAUAGCUAUGUACCUAGGUAUAGUAGCCAAUAAACUGUGAAAGGUUGUUUGAACAGGAUUAUAAGAACGGUUUAUUAGACAAGCCUGCUUGCCUUUUGCUUUUCUUGUCCAAACAAAACAUACGAAAUACUACUUUUCUCCUGCCUCUAGAGAAGAAUAGUGUUUUGUUAGUGUCAGAUUUUUUCGAUGUCGGUUCUUUUAUUGAAAUGUAUACGAUUUCGAAUCAAGUGCCAUGUUGGGAUAGCAUUUGAAAAUAGAUCUACGUAAGUAAUGUUGGAAUUAUCUAUUUUUAUUUAGCUUCGAAGUAUAAUUUUACUAUACAUUGUGAUUGCAUGUUCUAUCUCUGAAUAUUUCUAGAGAGGAAGCCGUUUAAAAAUAUAUUGUUUUUAUAUUCAAUAGUCUAUCUGAUCGAUAUCAUUAUAACAAUGUACUGUCGACAAAAAAUGUGCUUAAUACAUUAAAGUCUUUGUUUUUUCUGGUUUUGUUGAUAGUAUCAUGCUAAACUUUGUAUUACAAUUUAUCGUAUCGCUUUAAUGCGGGUUAUUUGUUAUAUAAGACAGCAUUUAAGUACAUUUAACCUACCUUGAAGGUAUUGAAACGGCAGAAGUUAGUGUAUUGUUCCUAGUCUAUAGCAUUAAUAUGAAUUAAUAAGAUUAAAACUAAUAAAAAAUAUCAGUUGUGUUGUGA